AAUGUAAACUAUUAAAUUCAAUUUGUAACCUUAUCGCUUAAUAUCAUCAAAAAGAGUUGACCACCAACCGCUCGCCAACUCGUAGUGACGAAAUGUUCAAUAAUGUGGAAGGCAAAUUAUACAAGAAAGUUGCUAUUACUUUCAUCCUUGUCACGUCAUUAAACAUUAUACUUGAUAUUGUGGUGCUGGGAACGACAGGCUGGAUGAUCAGAACAGUUCAAGUAUACGAUGGACAAAAUGAGACCACAAUACAUUAUCACGGUGGAUUAUUCAGAGCUUGUGGUCCAGACCGUUGCGCAAAUAUGAAUCCGACCAGAGGCGCUAGAACGGCUGCUGCUUUUGUUAUAAUGGCAUUAUUUAUGAGAUGUACAUGUAUUGCACUUGUCAUAUUAACGAUGUUGAAGAAGAUCCGAGCAUAUCCACAAAGUGCCAAACUGAGUUUUAUUUCAGGAUUUGGAUCUUUUGUGGCAUAUCUUGCUCACACACAUGCAUUCGAACAAGGAGUUACAUUUGGAUACAGUUUCGCACUGGCUUGUGUUGUAGCUGUCCUCAGUAUCGGCAACUCCUUCAUUUUGGGUUGGGAACUUCGUUAGAUACAUUUCAAGGCUUUAUUGCUUGCUUUCUGUACAAAUGUUUUGGAGAAACGGACGAUUAAUACUGUAUUCGAUUAUUUUUCGUAAAUGUUUUAUGAUGAAAAUAGUAAAGAGUACAUUACUUUUACAAUAUUGCUUAAACGAAUUUUGAUAAAUGCCGUUGUACUUAUGUCAAUUUGACGCACUUAUGAAUAACGUUUAUGAUAGACUGCUGGUCCGUACCGGUACAGCCUUUUUUUUCCGUACUUUCCUACAUCAAUGUCAACCGGAGUAAGGAUUCGACACAAACAGGACGUACAUAACUAUGAAUCUUUGUCAUAUAAAACAAGUAAGCAAUGCUCAGCGACCAACUAUCUUUUCAAAUGUCAUAAAUAUGUCACAUUAUCGACUUUUGAGUUUUUACUAAUUCAUUUCCAAUAGCCUACUAGCAAUGGCGAGGUACAGGUAUUGAUUAAAAAAUGUUGUAUUCUGUGCUUCUCGCCUCUAACUAUAACCAAUUGAUGACCUUCUGUUACUAAUAUUUUCAAACUCGCACUAUUUCGCCACAUUUAUUUAUAGUUUUUGUUAUAUUUUCUUGAUUAUUAUUCCAAUAUCUCCCUAUCGAUAUUCUUACUUACGGGGUUUCAUUUCUUGUAAUCAUUUCACAAACACACGUAUUUAUAUAAAUAAAUGUAUUUAAAAUCACGAAGAAAAACUUGAA